AUGUCUGAUGCAGAUCCAUAUAUUCUUACAAAACUUUCUGAACAUAUAUCACAACAUCUCAACAAAUCCCUCGAUGAAGCCGUGGAGAACUUGUCAUUGAAACUUCAGGAUACAGCGAAGGAUGCUAUCACCGACACUCGAGAAAUUAAUGCCAUCAUCGACCAGGCGGUUAGGGAAGCCGUCGAAAAGGCCGUUGAGAAGUCCGUGGUAACGGAAGUUGAGCAUGCUUCCACAGAAUCAGACUUUAAAUAUCCACCCUCCCGGAAUCUCAAUUUUGUUGGCCGCUCUUCAACCCUAGCCAAACUACUCAGUCUACGGAAACCAGAUCAAAAGAGUAGACUCGCAGUUGUCGGGCUCGGAGGCAUAGGGUAUGUUCCACUCCUUCCAAUAAUCAUUAUUGAAGCUCACCACUAUAGAAAAACUGAGCUAAUCACUGAGCUUGUCUACCAAAUCCGAGAGGCAUCGCCAGCUUCGAUAUAUUGGUUCGGUCCGGAAGCCUUGCUUACACCCUCUGCCAACGGGAACGAGCCAUUGGAAGAUUGGCUACGGCCAGGGCGUGACUCUGCAAGUUUGUUGGUUGUCGAUGCAGGGGAGAAUUUCGAUCUUCUGACGCAGGAGACUGAUAAUGGUAGACUAAUUGACAGGUUACGAAGGUUUGAAGGGGCCAUAAUCCUCAUUACGAGGACUAAAGCCAACGGAUGCCUCUUGAGUGGACCUCACAACAUUUUCGAAGUCGGUUGUCUCGAACUCGAACCAACAAUGUGUUUACUGCGAGACAGACUGACGGUUGACCUCUUCGAUAAUUCAACUGACGAACAACUUCGAGAAAUUGCUCUUCUUGUUAAUUGUUUACCAAAAGCCAUCAUUCAGAUCUCAAAUUUACUCAACGAUACUUCGAUGAAGCCCUCGCAGUUUAUUUCCAUAUACCAAACAAACGAUCAAUUCAAAUUACGGCUGCUGAGUUCGGUUGCUCCGCUAUUUACAAUCUCGGAACAAGAAUCUGUUAUCGGCAAGGGCGUCCUAGACGCCAGGCAUUUCCGAAGGAAUUACGCUAUGGCUGCUCGUAUCCUCCAUCACUUAUAUUACCUUAGCGGAAAUGCAGUACCACGGUCUAUCGUCUGCUCGUUGGUUGAUCCUCUUGAUCUCAUUAUCGUAAUGUGUAUUUUGAAAGGGAACUUCCUGGUCACAGAGGACGAUGCUGAAGAGACAUACAACAUGCAUCCGUUGGUCUACCUGUCUUUAAAGAAGAUCAUUACCGGUGAAAGACCAGAAACAGACCAAAGCGAUAUCGAGCAAGAGCUCGAGUGGUACACACAAGCCGUUAUUGCUUUUGGAUAUGACUACCCUGACCCCGAUAGCAAGAAUAGAGAAUGGUGGAAGAAAUGCUUUCAACAUUUCCUUAGCGACAGGAGUAAGAAUAGUGAUUCUGUACGGACUGCACUGGCUUUGGUCUACAAUAAAGAGUCCAAACACCUCGUUCGUAGGGGUCUCUACAACGAUGCUUUGAAGAUGGCCACAGCCGCUGUUGAUACACUCCCAGAGGCGUUACCACAUGAGCAUCUUAACGUACUUCAAAAUCACCUUUCGCUACUUGAUCUAUUGGCCAAGUAUGGGGAGCUUAGAGAGGCCUUAAAUACAUACACUGAAGAGCAGCCAGAUGAGUUAUGGAAGAAGCGGGUUGAGGGUAUCUUGUACUUAUCUGAGGGUACUAACAAAUCCAAUGUUGUUGAUCUUUUCCGACAGAUUCGUCGCACUAAAGAGUCCACGAAAGCUUCCGAAAAUGACUUAUGCAUCAGCAUUGACGAUUAUGGUAUGGCUCUCAUGCUGAUUGGGAACUAUCAAGUGGCUGAAAUCGAGUUUUCAACGGCUUUCCGAAAACGAGCAACAUUCCUGGGAACAAACCAUCCAGAUACUCUCAUUAGCUGCCAACACCUUGCCAAUGUUCUCCAUAAGUCUGGUAGAUUUAAUGAUGCCCUUAGGUUCGUGGAAGGUGCCAUACGUGGAAGCCAAAUGUCUCAAGGUGAUGAACACCCACAGACUCAAUACAUCAAAAACCUCAAAGCACAGAUCCUACUCUCAAAGGCUGUUUCAUCGUCCGACUAUAAAGAAGUUGAAGCCCUCUUUACAAAUGCUGCCGACGUGCUUGCUUCGAAGCUAUCUGACUCUCAUCCCCUAGUCCUAACAUGCAGGAGCAACAUUGCUUUAGCAAUGUUGGCCCAAGGGAGAUAUGAUGAAGCUCUAACAAUGAAUCGUGCUGUUCUGACUGCAAGAGAACAUGGCCCUUGGCUGGAUUGUGAGCGACAUCCCGACAUAUUGACGAGUCGACACCAGAUCGCAGAAUGUCUCAGGUUGAAAGAGGGUUGCCAUGCCGCUCAAAGUCUGAGUUCUCAAGUAUUGGUUGAUAGGACACAAAUAUAUACCGAGGGAACUUUCGAAAGCGAUGACUUCCACCCCGAGCAGCUCACGAGUCUCCACCUCCAAGCUCUUAUCCUUGCCGGGCUUGGUCAACACAGUGGAGCUCUCCACAAAAUGGAUCUCGUAUUGAUUGGUAGAAAACGAGUUCUCGGCGAGUCACACCCAGAUUACCUCAAUAGUCUCACCUGCAAAGGCGAAAUUUUGCGUGGUCAGCUCCCUCUUGAAGAUGGACGAGAGGAGAUGUUGGAUGCCAUUGAUAUUCUUCAUGGAAGAGCUUUGGAGGGGCUUACUCGAGUAUUUGGUUCUCAACAUCACUGGACACUUCAGUGUUUAUCUUACAUGGCGGCGGCAAAGCGUGAACGGGGUGAUGCAUUGAGUUAUACCGAAGCCGCUGGACUUUAUCGUCAUAUUUCCCGCGCUUACGAGGGAAAUAUGGGCGAUCUCCACCCUGAGACGGUCAGAGCAAAGGCUCAUUUGGCAGAAGUGAUGCAUCUCUUAGGAAACCGCCCGGAGGAGGCCAAGAAAGUUUUCAGAGAGGCCUGCGCUGGGCUUGCGAAGGUAUUCGGAUCAGAUGCCCAUGCAACCAUAACCGCGUAUAGAGGUUACGAAAAGUUUGCAAAGGACCUUUCUGACCCAGCUUAA